CGCUUGGCGUUGUCUCAUUCCCCACCCCCCGUCUCGCUUCUUGUUCGACUCCCGGGGUCCCGUGUCGUGUCGCCGUGUCGCCGUGCCGCUUCGGGCGGUGCCGCAUCCCCGGAGCCCCCCGGAAGUGCGCUCGCUGCUUUGCUCGGGACCGCAGAAUCGAGGAGACAGCGGGGGAUGCGGCUCAGGUUAUAGAAGGGGGAAGGCGUGAUGGUGUGUGCGGAAUAGAUGAUGGCAUGGGGCCGGGCUGAUGUUUCUGGGCUCGCUGCUCAUCACCACUACACUCUAUAUAAGAAGGUAUUCCAUAUUGCUGCACCUGUGCCCGUUGUAAAUCGGUGGAUCGGCGGAUCGAUGGGGGGUGGCCGGCUUCUCGUGACUCCUGAGGCAAGGCAGCCAAGUCCGGCUGAAACGAGCGGAGCGGAGAUCAAUGGCGUGAUUGUCGAGUCGGUUGCCUUGGCUUUCCACGUGCCGAGAUGGCUCAUGCCGAGGGUGGUCUUGUAUAUAGCUAGCUUAUGCAUAACAGGUAAUAUCGUGAUAUUCUGUCAUGGAAGAGUCACAUAUCGACAACCGGGCCUUGGCUGGCCAGUGAUCACCACCAUAGCACGCACCGAUGACUUCCGGGCUAACUUAUUUUGUGGAAGGUUUGGCUCCAACUUCCGGACUGCGUAGUCCUGACUGAGUUGUACCACUGGAUCCUGUGUAUUACGUGGAUAAAUCUUCUUCACGUCUUACUGUACCGCUUAUCGAGUUACUGGUUCCUGCUACGUAAAAGGGUGUUGC